UCUCUCUCUCUCUCUCUCCGACAUUUUUGGGCGUAUUCAAUUCGAUCCCUCCUCCUCGUCGUCGGUGGCGGCGGCGGCGGAGAUGGCGGUGGAGGCGGAGGCGGCGACGGCGGCGGCGGCGGCCGACCUCGCCCUCUCGGAGACCAACAUCAAGUGGGACAGGUUGGACAAGACGAGAUUCCAUGUCAUCGGAGCAGUCCUCUUUACUGCCCAACAAGGCUUAUUACAUCCAACAGCUGUGGUGAAAACUAGAAUGCAAGUUGACGGAGGUGGGCUCUCUCAUAUGAAUGGCUUCUCAGUAUUCAAAAAGAUACUUAAACAAGAUGGUGUACCUGGCAUUUUCAGAGGUUUUGGUACCUCUGCUAUCGGCGCCUUACCAGGGCGGGUAUUGGCACUCACUGCGCUCGAAGUAUCAAAAGAUAUAAUGAUGAAAUACUCCGAAGGUUCGGAUACUAAUGAGGCAACACAAAUUGCCGUGGCUAAUGGAGUGGCCGGCUUGGUGUCAACUAUAAUUUCCUGCACAUAUUUUGUGCCCUUAGAUGUGAUUUGCCAGAGGUUAAUGGUCCAAGGCCUACCAGGAAUGACCAAAUAUAACGGCCCAUUUGAUGUUAUCAACAAAGUGCUCAAGGUGGAGGGUUUUCGCGGUUUAUAUAGAGGCUUUGGAUUAACAAUAUUGACCCAGUCACCUGCCUCGGCACUUUGGUGGGGCGCAUACGGUGCCGCUCAGCAUGCAAUCUGGAGGAGCUUGGGGUAUGGAAAUGGAAAUGGAAACGAAAAGGAGGAGAAACCGUCUGAGUUAGAGCUAGUUACAGUUCAGGCGACUGCGGGGACUAUUGCUGGCGCAUGUUCGUCAAUUCUCACUACUCCGAUAGAUACGAUCAAAACACGAUUGCAGGUGAUGGAUAACUACGGCGCCGGGAGGCCGUCGGUCGUGAAAACGACGAAGCUGCUCUUGGAGGAAGAUGGCUGGAGAGGCUUCUACCGAGGAUUCGGACCUCGUUUUCUGAACAUGUCACUAUGGGGAACAUCAAUGAUUGUUACAUAUGAACUUAUCAAGCGGCUCUCCGUGAAGCGAGAUUGAGUUCGAUCCUGACGACUUUUUCGCAGCGUAGUCGUUCUCUGAAACUGCGCAAUCUUCGACAGAUGAUAUUGUUUGAUCUGUUUUUCUCCUUCCUUUUCUACUUCGCUUCACAGGGAUGAGGCCGGAAAAGCGUAGGGCAUCUGCGGCAUUGUCAAAAGAAAGAGGAUAUCGAAAACUUCCAUCCAGUUCAUGCUGAACACUGUAAGUAUGUGAUGAUUCCAUCUUUAGCCAUUUUCUGAUCCUCAAAUUUUUUUUUCCCCUUCAUUUUUUUUUUUUUUGGUUCUUAUAGUUAUGUUACAGUAUAAGAUGUCCUGCAGUUUUCAUGAUUUAUGUAGACAUUUAAUUUAGGGUAAGUCGCACUUCUGACUUUCUGAAUUGUUGCAGCUAAAUUUUACGGUCAAAUUUAGUUGGUUAAAUUUUGAUGGGUUGUUAAUGUAAAAGUGAUGUGAAAGUAUUGUGUUUGA